ACACUUGAGGCGCGAACACCGUCCAAACAACAGUGACACAGAGAGGCUCCCGCUGGUUCCUUCCUCUUGCUGUUUACGGGGGGCGAUAGUGACGGUAAUGAUGGCUGGCAGACGUUUGGUGCCUCUGGUUGUAUUACAUCUCUUCUUCAGCUUCUAUGUACAGGGAGAAGAAACGAAGAUUUAUGGAUUCGUACCGGCAAACCCACAAUCACUUAAACAUGAAGUGUUUCAAGGUGACAUGGUGUUAACAGAUAGACAGAUGGCUUCAGUUCUAGAGAAGGCCAUCGACGACCUCUCUAAGCGUUGGCCUGAAGUUGCAGGGUUUCCAUACGUCCCUUAUGUGUUUGGUGACAAUAAUGUGGACAAGGCUGCUGUCAUGGCCGGCAUAGAACACUGGAAGGAAUUCACUUGUAUAAACUUCGAGGAGACAACCAACACUGACCAGCCGCAUCUACGGUUCGUGAAGUUACAAGGAUGCUAUUCAUUCGUUGGCUAUUUAUCUGAUAUGAAUGGCCAAGAUGUCUCUAUUGGUGAUGGGUGUGAAAGCCUUGGCAUUGUGGCUCACGAGAUUGGACACGCCUUGGGGUUAUUUCACGAGCAGUCGCGUACUGACCGAGAUGCUUACGUGCAAAUUUUCCUGAAUAAUAUUGUAAGUGCGUCUGCGUCCAACUUUGAUUUAGAAGUGUCUGCGAACAGCUUUGGCGUUCCUUACGACUUAACCUCUGACAUGCACUAUGGAAGCAGGGACUUCAGCAGAAACGGGCAAAAGACAAUAGCCACCCUUGACCCAUAUGACCAAGAACUCAUUGGUAACAGAAAUGGUCUGACUCACAUGGAUAAAAAACUAGUCAACAUUAUUUAUUCCUGCAUCGAUAAGUGGCUGGCAAAUUGUCCAGGUAGCCCUACAGUAGACCCAUGUCAAAACCAUGGAUACACUGGCAAAGACUGCACCUGCGUCUGUCCAUCUGGAACAACUGGAGCGACUUGCGAAACGAUCACCGGAGAUUAUUAUGAUUCGGCUCGCUCUAGUUGCAGUCAGCGUAUCACCAGCACUGCCACUAUACAAGUUGAAAGUCUCACAGCUUUUGUCUUGGGUGGUUUUCAGUGUUCGAAGGUGAUCAAUGCCCCACAGUGUAUGUUGCCGAAAGUGACCUUUACGAAUUUUAUCAUGCGUGAAAGAAGCGCAGGCAACUUUUACUGUAGUGAACCAACUGAAACGUGCUGCAUUGAAGGACUCGAGAUAAUACUGGACACCUCACUUGAUGGCACAUGGUAUUGUGGAUCAGAAAUAACAGCUGGCCAGAGCUUCACCGCUACUGGCAGACGGAUGGUACUCUACACCUUCCUUUUCAACCGUGGAUUCUCAUGGAGCGCCACAGUAGAGUUUGUGGAUGAUCCAGCCUGCAUUACCUCGACAACUACAACAACAACCACAACUACG